CUCAUGACCUUACAAAUCUAAAUCUAGAGUAAACGAAUUCCAUACCUAGGAGGCCCAGGUCGUACGUUACCUAACGCCGUUUCUUCGAAUAUAUAAAUAUCAAUACCUACUAGUAACCAAGCUUAUCUCUUCUCAAUUAAUUCAAUCCUUAAAGGACUAUGGGAAGAGGAUAAAACGAACAACCCACAUCUACAAGUAAUACGAUGGCUGAUUCCACUACUAAGUCGACAUUCAAUGUCGGUGUCAUUGGUUACGGACUGUCGGCCACCAUAUUCCAUAUUCCAUUCAUUACAAUCACGCCCUCGUUCAAACUUCAUUCCAUUCUACAGCGCGAUCCCGCUAACUCUGCAUUAUCCGCUCCUCGGGACCACCCCGAUGUGAAACACUUCACUACCUUAGACCAAUUCCUUGAUGACGCCGCCCUCGACGUUGUCAUCAUCACCACCCCCCCUCAAACGCACUUCUCGUUCGCCCAAAAAGCGUUACAGGCAGGCAAGCAUGUGCUCGUCGAGAAGCCAUUUGUACCAACCAUGUCUGAGGCAGAUGCCCUCAUAAAUCUGGCCAAGGAGAAGGGUCGCUUGAUCUGUGUCUACCAGAACCGUCGGUGGGAUAGCGACUUCCUGACCGUCCAGAAACUCCUAGCCGGUGGCAACAAGCUAGGUCGUAUAGUCGAGUUUGAGACGCACUUUGAUCGUUUUCGCCUGGAGAAGCCCACUAGCUGGAAGGGCUCACUCGGGAUAGACCAGGGAGGAUCAGCGCUCUACGAUUUGGGUACUCAUCUCAUCGAUCAGAUAUACGUGUUGUUUGGGAUGCCACGGGGUGUUUUCGCCACUCUCUCCAGCCAACGAGACGGUCUCUUGGUAGGGCCGCAGAAUCCAAACCUGGAUCCUGACAGCUUUACCGUGCAGCUAUCAUACGACAACGGCCUCAUCGCCUGCGCGCGUGCUGCCGUCGCGAGCGCCGAGGUGCACCAGCCAAGGUUUCGGAUCAGAGGUACCAAAGGCAGUUACCGCAAGGUGGGCCUAGAUACGCAAGAGCCACAGCUGAAGGCUGGAAUGAAGACGAGCGAUGCCAACUUCGGACGAGAAGGCGCUGAGUGGAACGGGAAACUUACCCUCGUCGACGGCAACGGCAACACCCAAGAACAGGACUGCCCGAAUGUUGAGCCCGAAACGUACAGCAAAAUAUACGAGCUUUUCGGUCAGGCCAUCAUCCAGAAUCGUGAGCAAGAUGUGCCCGUGCCGGCUUCUCAAGCAAGGGAUGUUCUCCAAAUCAUCGAAGCUGCCAAAGAGAGCGCAAGGAGUCGGCGCGAAGUGCAGUUAUCUUAAGAAGAACUCAGUUUUAGCCCGCCGAUUCACUUUCGAAAUGCUAUAAUAUGUAUAUAAAAUUAUGAUGGAUAUUACAGUCGUAAACGUCAGAAUUUCGCGGGUUCGGAAACAGUAGUCACAGAUAUUCCAC